AUGGCGAAAGAAACACGCAGUGCAAAACGGAAAAGGGGCGAAUCGACUACUGCAGAAGCGUUGACGGCUACCACCAGUGAACCUGCCAGCGUCAACAUCCAACGAUCCCAACAAGUCUGGUACGAUGACGGAAACGUUAUUCUCCAGGUCGAAAACCGCCAAUUCAGAGUUCACAAAAGCAUCCUCUCGAAACAUUCGCCGGUGCUUCGAGACAUGUUCUCGAUGCCGCAACCGGAUGGCCAGCUAAAGGAAGACUGUCCGGUUGUCGUGUUGGAACACGAUUUGGCGAAGGAGUGGGAGCAGGUGCUGGCGCUCAUUUAUGAUGGAUUCAGGGAGGUGAAAUAUGGAGUAAAACUCUGGUUCUCGGAGAUACGCUCCAUCCUGUCCCUCAAUCACAAAUAUGACUUGCCUUCUCUUCGUGAAGAGGCACUUUCUCGGCUGAAACUCGAGUAUCCCCUCGGUCCAGGGUUCGAGGAGGAAAACGCGGUGAAGGAAUUUGGGGAGCGCGAUAAGAGCAUGGAAUUGGACAAUCACACUUCGAUGUGGGAUGUGGUGAAUAUGGCCACCAAGUAUCGGCUCGAGCGAUGGCUCCCUGCUAUCUAUCUGCAGGCUUUGAUGCAGCGAGAUGACGACGAGGCUCUCACCACUCUGAUUUUCGACGGUACCGUAGCCAAAGACGGGACGACGACGACACAACUCGAACCGGCGAUACAGAGACUCCUUCUGAAGGCGCGCGACAGAUUUCGGAAAGUAAUGAAGGACGAGGUCUUUAAUUACUUGUCGAAUGAACGUGUCAUCCCCGGCAACGCCUGCCCUCAACCCAAACGAUGUGCGCUAGCACAAGCAGGACUUCUGCGGGAAACAUGGGGCCAAGGCCCGACAGUCUCCUCGGUUUUUGCUCUAUCGGAGCCAGACGUUGGCAAGCUUUGCCCCGCUUGUUCGAAAGCUGCCAAGUGUACCUUCUGGAAAGCGAGGGUGGAGUUGGUCAAGAAGUUGCCUGCGAUGUUUGAUCUCCCUCUUUGGGAACAGUUGAAGGAAUACGAAGGACAGGUCGCCGAGGAUGAGGAAGGGAAUAACCAGAAUAACCAGUGA